UCGAACAAACGAACAAAAAUCAACAUCGCAAAGAAAGUGAAAGUGUUUGGAAUACAAAACAGCAAAAAAAUUAAACAGCAUAAACAAAAAACUUCCACAGUGUUAAGCCAAGCUUUGAACCGUAAUAAACUAUAAUAUUGUAGAUUUUUUAAAAGCGGAUAAAUAAUAAAAAACAAAAACUUUUGAAGUAAAACAUUUUUUCAUAGACUGAUAUUUGAAUCUAUAACGAACAAACGAAUAAAGAAACAUUAUUUGACCCCAGUGUACACUUUUUACAAAUACUUCUGCAUCACAUAUAGAAUAAAACUCUUCUCAAAACAUCACAUUGAAUUUUGGUUUUGAUUUUUCAAAACGAGAUUACAUAAUGUUGAAAUUCCAAGUGAAAUCACCAGGAAAGAUCAUUUUACAUGGUGAGCAUGCAGUGGUUUAUCACAAACCUGCUCUGGCUGCGGUAGUGGGUUUGGGCACAACAUUAAAGUUUACAGCGGCUGAAAAUGGCAAACGAGUUGUUACCAUACAAUUGGAGGCUUUGAACGCAAAUUUCGAAAUACAAGUUGACACGUUUAAUAAGUUUCUUAAGCAAUGUCGCUCAAAAUUUCCCCAGGAAACAUUUGAAAGUGGUGCCCAGUUGUUGGAAGAAGUGCGCACCGAACUCAACAGACAGCAUGAGGAAUUAUUGGAGCAGGGAUCGCCGAAGAAGCAACAAGCUCAAAAGGCUUUUUUGUCGAUAUAUUAUCUUUUGGCUGGAGCCAUUUUAUCAUCACCUAAACAGGAAUUGGAAUUAACACAAGCAUUUACCGUUAACGUAGAUACUGAACUCAAUAUUGGAGCCGGCUUAGGCAGCUCUGCCUCCUAUGGAGCAGCAUUGGCGGCGGCUUUUCUUCUCUAUGCUCAUCAUUUCGAUCUGAAUUCUUAUAACGAGCCCGAAAAUCAAGCAUUAAUUUCCAACUGGGCUUUUGAGUCGGAACGUGUAAUGCAUGGCACUCCCUCUGGCGUUGACAAUACCGUCUGCACUUACGGUGGCAUGUUGCGUUUCGUUAAGGGUCAAGGUUUUCAAGCACUUAAAAUACAGAGACCCUUAAAUAUACUAUUGGUGGACAGUAAAGUUAAAAGAUCCACCGCUGAUAUUGUAGCCAAGGUGCGCCAUCUCGGCGAACAAUUUCCCGAAGUAAUCAAUUCGAUUUGGAAUGCCUGUGAGGCUUUGGUUAACGAUGCCAUUCCUUUGUACGAAAACUUUGGUAAUAGCCAAGAUGACAGUGAGAAAUUUGAAAAACUCGAACGUUUAUUUCAAAUCAACAAUGAUUUAAUGAAAGCCAUUGGCGUUACACAUCCCAAAUUGGAACAGAUCUUUUCGAUUGCCUUUAAGCGGGGAUUUUUCAGUAAAUUAACAGGUGCUGGUGCCGGUGGUUAUGUGAUUGUUUUAUUGCCCGAAAACUAUGCCAGCAAUGAGGUAUAUUGGAAAUUAAAAGAGGAAUUGGAGGGAGCAGGUUUUGGAGUAUUUGCUACCACGGCUGGAGGUGAAGGUUUACGUAUGGAACAAUUGUAAUAAUUUAGCAGUGGUGUAAAAUGUAUAAAGAUACAUGAAAUAAGAACAAAUUGUUUAUGUAUUUUUUGCUUAAUAUUGUAUAAUAUUUUUUUAUUAUUAACUAUUAUUUUUUUUGAGGACAUUGUCCAUAUAUAAAUUUAUAAUAAAGUAUUUUUAUUGUUAAACAAAAGAUUUUAAACAGAAUAUGCAAUUCGAUUGUUGUUUAUAGUUUAGCUUGACCAAAUCCAGAAAGUUUAGUACGUCCAACAGUGAAAAUUAUUCCAAUGAAUUCAUUCUGCAUUAAAACUGAAAUAAAAGAGAAUGAUAAACAA